CCCAGUACCUCAUUACAAACCCAGUCUCCGUGCUAGCCGGUUGUGCUUGAAAACUAGUGAUUAAUAAAGUGAAUAAUUCUUUUGACUUUUUCGAAAAUCCGAAAAUCCGAAUCUAAAAAAUAUGGAAAAUAAAACUAAUUCAAAGAAAAGUGUUACGCAUUCGAAUAGAGCUUCGCGUUUGCGGAAACAGUUUGCGGCUUCGACCAUGUCCUUGUUGGCGGCGGGACCUUCCCCCAGUGGAGCCCAAGUCUCUAAGCCCUUAGUGCCUCAGGUGGACACUCCGAGGAAACCAGUCGGCGAUCGCAGCCACUCCACCAUUAGGGCCAAGCCCAUCGCUCCCCAGCACCUUCGCUCAAGGACUCUGUCCCCGAACCGGGCCCCUCGGACUCUGAAGCCUGGAACAGCUGAGAAGGCUCUGACGAGCGAGGAAAUCAAGGCGCCUGCUGGUGGAACUACAAACGUGAAGCCGACACCCAAGCCCCUGGCCCCGAAGGAUCAGGUGAAGCCCGAGCUGAAGAACAAACCGCCAGCCAAGCCGAAGAAGCCAGUCGUCGCAAAGACCGUAGCGCCUCGCGGAGUGUCCGUUCCGCCCCAGGCCAAGAAGAAUCUUGGAGUGAAGCCUGAAACGAAGCCGAACACGAAGACCACAGCACUUCGUAGCCAUUCCAUUUGCACCACCAGGCCCAAGGUCCAGGGCAACGAACUGAAGAAGUCGAAUGCGGCGGCAGUCAAGCCGAUAUGGGGAUAUGGGGGUCCAGCCAAGGCCAAGCCAAAUCCAGGAUUCAAAAACGAAAGGGAUGCCGACGUGAAGAAGUCAAAAUGUGACCAAAAGAAGCCGAACACACUGCCUCGGUUCACCACAGUUUUCCCAAAGCAUUCCAAGAUCUCAAAGGAAGCACCUGCACAGCCGAAGGCCAAAGUCGAGCCGACCAAGCCAGAACCAGAACCAGAAGCAGAAAUGAUCCGCAGACGGCGGACUUACAUCACUGAUCGUUCCAAGAGCCAGCUGGACAAGUUGAAGGGCCUGUCGCCAGGGGAGGAACCCAUUACCUUGAACAUGGACGAUCUGAAUAAGCUGGAAUUGCCGGAAAGUAAGCUGACCUGGGAAGCAACUCCUCAUCUCGAUCAGCCAGGCAAGCCCCAGGGAUUCAACUUCAACUUCAACUCUUCGCAGCAGGAAGUGGAAGGCAACCUGAACAUCUCGGACAUCACAGACAAGAGUGUAAUAGCUAACAAAGUGAGCAAUUUAUUCGCCAACUUGAAGGAAUCAUCAUCGCCGGUGGAGUUCUCUGCCAACAUCCUUGAAGUAGAACCUAAGGUCCAGACGCCUCACUUCCCCACCAAAUCAGACAUUUCUAGCCUAACCCCUGAUGAAGUAGCUAAGAGGUUGUAUCAGUUCUUCGACCAAUCGUGUCCUGAAACAGAACCGAAAAAGGAUAAAGACUGUUCAGAACUCGCAGGACCUAAGCCAAAUGUUGAGAUCCUUUUUGAAAACCCGAAACAGUCAGAUAUUUUUCGUCAAAAACUCCAGUCCAGUCGGUUGCCAAAGUUGAGGGCCCUGUUGCUUAACAGGGAGUCCGUUGUGCCUUUUGAGCCCAAGACAUAUCCUUCAAUGCAGGACUUGGAGAAUGAAGGGGAGUGUGACCCGAAAAUAGAUGAUCAGAUCGAAACAGAGCCGCGGGAAAUGUCUAAUAUAUUGAGCAACUUUGAAGAGCCUGCAAAAGAUAUAGAUGAUCUACCGGAAAUAGAAAAAGAGAAAGAGGAGUUUAUACCAUUGAAGGAUAUGAAGAAGGACAUGGAAUUCGAUCUGAAGACAUCUGACCAUAGUGAUAGGGAGUGUGUGGAUUCUGAAACCCCCAGCAAUAUCAUCUAUUUCCCAGAAAGACCUAAGCAGAACUGGUACAUAGGCAGUGAUGACGAAUGGAGUAACCACACGACCAAUAUCGCUGAUAUCCUGGAGGUACCUGAAGACCAAAGAAAGGUUGUAUCUGACGACGAGUGGAGUAACUCUGCACGAUCCUCGCCAAAGGGCUCGACGACUAAUAUCGCUGAUUUUCCGGAAGUACCUGAAGAGCAACAGAUAUCAUUAAGUGAAGACGAGUCGACAAAGGAUUCCACCGCCAAUAUCGAUGAUUUCCCGGAAGUACCUAAAGUCUGCACAAGGAUCUUGUCUAACGCCGAAUGGAGUAACUCUGCACGAUCUUCAACAAAGGGCUCCAAGACUAAUAUCGCUGAUUUCCCGGAAGUAUCAGAAGACCAACGGAAGGAUUUUUCUGACGACGAAUCGUGUAACUCCUUACGAUCCUCGGCAAAGAUUUCGUCAAUUAAUUCUACUGAUUUCCCGGAAGUACCUGAAGAACAACGGAAAUAUGCAAGUGAAGACGAGUGGAGUAACUCUGCAUCUUCGACAAAUGUCGAUGAUUUCCCGGAAGUACCUAAAAUCCACACAAGGGUCUUGUCAGACAGCGAAUUGGGUAUCCUCGUACAAUCCUCGGCAAAUGGCUCCAGGACCAAUAUCGAUGAUUCUCCGGAAGACCAAGGAGAGGAAUUAUCUGACAACGGAUGGACUAACUCCACACGAUCCUCGGCAAAGGACUCAACGACUAAUAUCGAUGAUUUCCCGUGUACACCAGAAGACCAAGGUUGGAGUUCCGAUGCAUCUUCGACAAAGGAUUCUACGACCAAUAUCGAUGAUUUCCCGGAAGUACCUGAAGACCAAGGACCAUCUGAUGACGAAUUGAGUGAUGUUUCCAAUGGCCCGAGCAUCUGCACUGACCAGAACCCUGCACUAAUGGAUCCCCCAGUGGAGGACAUGGAGCAGGACAUGGUGCUGGACAUGGAACUGGACAUGGAGCAGGACAUGGAACUGGACAUGGAACUGGACAUGGAGCAGGACAUGGAACUGGAUCGGAACCCAUCGGAUCGUUACAAUGACAAGGACAGUGUUAAUUCUCGAUCAUGGGGACUUUCUUCAGAUGCCCCGGAAGUGCCUGAGGACGAAAGAAGUACCUGCGAUGAAUUGAGUAUUGUUUCUGAAAGAUCGAACGCCUCCUCCGACGGGAAACUAUCAACUAACCAUUCAUCUUUGCCAGACAUUCAUCCUUCUACAACCGAUGUGGCUCAACCAUUGCCGGAAACCAAUGAGUUGGAGGCUCCCUCGCUCCAAGACCAGGACAGCCCCGAGUCCUGGGGGGACGAACGUAUACAUCGGGAGUAUGGGAAAUUAUUAGAAGAAGAAAAACACAGAUCAUAUAUAUGGCGUUCGCAGCUGGCUGAGAUUGCCGCUCGUACGAGAUCUGUGUACCCUGAAGGUGCAUUGGAUUCGCCACCAGAAGCUCUUCACGACAUCAGCAUCGAUGACUUUCCUAUCGGGGGCGAAAAACUUUGCGAGGGAAUACAGAAGUUCAUGGACCACAUCGACAAGAGAACACAGCAGAUAACCGAUUUCUGGAUCAACAGUCCUGUUAUCAAAGUAAUGGAGGAGCGGAGAAAGAAAUGGGAGAGUAGGCAACUCGAGAUUAUGGCCAAGAAGAACGACCGCUCUCUGGAAGCAAAGGAACAAGUGAAAGUCCCACCGAGGAAGUUAGAUAUUAAGACUUUAAAGGAUACUGGUGCUACUGCUCCUUCCAGCAGUCUGUGCGCUCAGCCAUCGCUUCCUGGCAAUGCCUCUCGUCCUUUGGAAUCAGAUUCCUCCGAGGAGAUGGACAUAAAUUUCUGGAAAUCAGUAGAAGACGAACUUACCGAGCUAGAAACUGGCUUGGAUGACAUUUGUUCUAAAUACGACAAGCUGUGCAGCAAGGUCCAACGCCAUUCGCCAGAGUUUUUAGUCACUGAACUUCAGAAACCGAAGAACACUGAACAAAUGGGAGGACCUGAAGGCUUGAAGGACUUGAAGGAGUCAGCAGCUAAGCCCAAUGAUAGUGCUGAUCCUCAAAAGGAUCUUCAGCCGGAAAUUGAAACAAAAAUGGAAAUCAAGCCAAAGAAUUCUGAUACUACUACCGAUCCAAAACCGAGUGAGACCAACUGGAAGACUGCAUCGGUUGCCAAUAUGGAUCCUCUUGAAAAGGAGAAGAAAGACAACUUGGAGACCAAGGCGGCCAAGAAGCCAGAGCCGUCAAAGAAGCCAACGUCCAGCUUCAUGAGCCGCUUUGAGUGCAUCUGCCUGCGCCCCGGGAUUCCUCUAGAGUGUCGAAAAUGCCAUGACUUCUGUUUCGGGCGAGCCUUGAAAGUCUGCAAGUUGCAUCCGCAGCAGGAAUUUCCAUCGGACUUCAAUAUGUGCCCGACGUGCCAUGCCCCAUCUCAAAAUCUAGAACCUUCUAAGCUUAGCUGGGAGGACAUCUGCGCCUUUAGAGCCGCCACUCUGCCGCCCGAGGACGAGGACGAUUUUUAAAAGCAAAGCGGUGAAAUCAAAUGUUAAAGUUAUAUUUUUCCUUUAAAUAUAUUGCAAGUGAUUAAAUGAA